AAAAGAAAACGACGCUUUUAUCGUUUGAACCCGCGCGGUCACGAAGCGGUUUGUUUGUUCACGUUGUCCUCGGCUGACCGGAAGUCUGUCGUCGACGUUAACUGAUUUUAAACAGAUCGACUGAAGACGUUAAAGUGUUCGUCAGCAGAGGUUUAUAAAGUCUGUGACUGGUUCAGACUGAGUGCUGAGCUCUGAUUGGUCCAUCCAUCCAGGUGCAGCCAUGGCAGAGGGACAGGUGGAGUCAUCUGUGCACACACAGCCGGCCUAUCAGAGCGAGACGCACCUGAGCAGAGAGGCGGGGCUUCAGGAGGAGGGGGGCGGGGCCAGUCAGAUCAGUGAGUACUGCAGAGAGCUGCUGAAGAGAGGAGGAGAGGAGUUCAGCUUCGAGGAGCUGCGAGCCGAGAGAUACAACCACAGGAGGAGGAGGCAGAAGGAGGAGAGGCUGAGGCAGCUGACGGAGCUGAAGGAGCAGCUGAGUCAUGAGCUGGAGGAGAGGAGACGUUUACUGCUCACAGCAUCACGACACCAGGUUCAUGAAGCCCCCCCCACUCAGACUAGUGACUUUGGUAGACCUGCAGCUGCCACCUCCUUCCAGAUAUACGACGAGUCCCAGUCCCAGUCCCAGUCUGCUGCAGCACGGCCUGCUGGAAACUCUGAGCUGCCCGACGACGUUUUCCUCCGACCUGACGAGACGGGACUGUGUCUGAAGAUCCAGUACCCCAGACCAGGUGGAGUCGGUUCCUCUGAACGAUCUCAGACUGAAGUCCAGGUUCAAGUCUCAGCUCCUGAAGACCUGCAGACCUCGGUGGACUCCCGGCCCCCCCCUCCAAUCCCUCAGAAACCAGCCUCCAAAACCACAAAGAAGCUGAGUCCCAUUCAGGAGACCAGUGUGGAGGCCAACUCUCUGACCUCACUGGGAGGACUGUCCACUGGAAACUGUAGUCCACUGGACCAGGACCAGGAGGAGAUGGAGCUCGCGCCCUCACCUGGACCAGUGGGGGGCGCUGUGGAUCCCUGUGACCCGGAUGUUCGGCGGCGGCUAUUGGAGCUCUGUGAUGUCACUUCCUAUCCUGAUGUUCACUCAGAGUCCCGGCCCCUCCCUGCCAUGUGCAGCUGGCUGCAGCUGGGGGGCGAAGUGUACUACGUCUCCAAAGUUGUGGACAGAGGAAGUUUUUCCAUCUAUAAAGGAGCCACAGAGGAGGACUGCGUGCUCCUCAAGGUGGACAGCUGCAGUGUUCCCUGGGACUUCCAUCAGUUCAGUCGUCUGAAGAAGAGCUCGUCCAUCGCCGCCGACGGCCUCCCUCUGAUCAGCUGUUUCCUGUUCCUGGACGGCUGCAUCACCGUCUACAGCAGUCCGCUUCACCGCUUUUUCACCGAGAUGACAGAGUGUGCUUCCAGCGAGGCAAUGGUCGGUAACAUCGCUGUGGGUCUGCUGCAGCUGGUGUCUCAGCUUCACUCCUGCGGGCUGCUGCACGCAGCGCUGCAGCCAGACAUCCUUGCGUGUUUCCUCAGAAACUUCAUGAGUCCUGACUGGAUCUUUGUGGUGGACUGGUCUUCCUCCGUGGACCUGGACCUUCAGCAGGUCACGUCAGUGCAGCAGCUUCCCUCGGCUCAGACCUACAUCAAUCUGGGUCUCCUGGAGCCCACCGCCCCCCCACAGCUGGUGGACCUGGUGGGCGUGGCUGAGACCAUCCACCUCCUCCUGACCAACAGCAGGAUGGUGCCGGUGAAAGAUGACGAUGGCUGGACGGUGGAGCAGUUCAGUGGAGACGAGCCCUGCGACAUGUUCUCCUCCGUGUGGAGGAAGUUCUUCCGGUCGCUGCUGAACGUUGGCAGUCGCUCGUCGCAGUCCGUCCUGUCGGAGCUGAAGGAGCAGCUGAUGAAAGUUUACCGCUAAAACUCUGAAACACUAAACUGUUCUCUGUUCAUAUCUGUGCUCUCAUGUUAAAAUAAACAAAUAAAACAGUUUUAACUCUC